AUGGCUAAAUGGAAUCAAGUAAGAGGUCGUUUGAAAAAGAAUUUAAGUGCAAAUUUUCAGGAAUACUGCGAAAAAACGACGAUUCAUGGAGUGCGUUACAUAGGAGAAGGACAUCUUUUCAAGAGAAUCGUUUGGCUCGUGGUUUGCUGUUUCCUGUUUGUGAUUUCUGGCAAACAAAUUUAUGAAAUAGUCUUAAAAUGGAAACAGAGCCCGUUAGUUAUAUCACAGGAUCAAAAACUUUCUUCAAUAGAAGACAUUGACUUUCCAGCAGUAACAAUCUGUCAUCAAACGUUGCCAAACAAAACAACUUUAAACUUCAAUAUGGAAUACUCGAUACAAAAUUGCAGAGGCAUAAUUGGUCGGUUUUGGCCCUGUUUUUAUCAAUUCAGAAGAAUUUUACUCGAGGACGGUCUUUGUUACACAUUCAAUCUUCAUUCAAGAAAGAGAAUUUUUCGUUCAAACGUUUACUAUCCGCUUGAUUAUAAUGUAACUUCAAAAUAUUGCGAUAAAAGAUGUUACAACCCCAAUAAUCGUACCUUCAAUGUAAAAGAUCGUCUUGAUGGAUUGAUUUUUAACCUCCAAUAUAACGACGAAUAUGCCCAUACAAUUUGUGAUCCAAAGCCUAAAAUUUACAUCCAUAAUCCACAUGAUCUCCCGUGGGAUGAUGCAAUUGAAUUGAAAAUGGGAGAGUUCAAACGAACAAAAUUUCUUAUCACGCCUGUCGUCAUCAAGACAGAUGACAGCUUAAAAUACGCCUUGACUCCUGAAGAACGCGGAUGUUAUUUCCCCGACGAACGUUAUUUGAGAUUUUUUCGACGUUACUCAUGGAAAAAUUGUGAGUUCGAGUGCUUGACGAAUGGGACAAUCAAAGAAUGGAAUUGUACGGCAUAUUGGAUGCCACAAUCGAAGAAAAUAAAGCCCUGCAGCUUGCACAAUUACGUUUGGGGCUGGGUCGAUUCAUCAAAAAAAUAUAAGUGCAAUUGUUUACCGGAUUGCAACUCCGUCAAAUAUCAUGUCAAGAAAACGGGAGUAGACAAUAUUAAAGAAGUUUAUGACAGAAAAAUUUAUAGAUCUUAUCUAUAUGAAUUUAGCGAUGAAGUAAUGGAUGUUGAAGUCUCCUUCGAAGACUCAAAUUUUUUAGCGAUGAGACGACAUUUAAGCUAUUCUUUUGCGGAUUUUUUGUCACAAAUUGGAGGCAUUCUUGGAUGUUUUUUGGGCAUAUCCAUUUUCAGCCUUAUUGAGCUCGUGUACUUUUGCACCGUUCAAAUGUUUAGACAACCAAAAGCUCCCAUGAGUCCUGAAAAAUAA